UGGGCAGGGAUCUGAUCCACAGACAGGUUCUAACAUAAUUCCAUAACAUGGAUCGAUACGCUAAUCUUUCUGAUGACGGAGAAGUGGAUCACUCCUUUUUUGAUAGUGAUGAUGACAAUGAAAAGGGGAAAAAGGUUGUGGCCACUUCAAGCACCAGCAAGCAUGAAUACAAACAAAAUAAAAAGGGUUCUGGAUCAGAGGAAAGAGAAGAUGAUGCAGAACAAGGAACAAGCAAAAUGGAAAGUGAGGAGGAGUCAAUGGCAUCUAUUGGUAAAAGUUCCCCAGAACUGAGGUCGUCUCCAGAUCCAACGAGAGCCAGAAGUGCAGCAAAGUCAGGCCGAGAUUCUGCACACAGCUUAAAAAUAGAAGCCAUUAUUCCUACAGGGAUCCCCCAGAUCAGACGAGAGUUUGAAGACAAUUAUUACCCCGAUGAAGAUGACAGUAGCGAAGAGGAAAGCCGAAGCUCAAGGCCCAGAACGGCAAAGCAAACGAGUGUUGGAAAGAAAAAUGUGACAAAGUACAGCAGGGAUUUCCCUUCUUCCAUUUCCAGCUCGGAUACAGAGUUUUCUGAUGCUGCUCCAGAUGAUCAAACUUCCAAGUCCUAUCAGUCAUUGAGAGACAAAGUGCCCUUAUCUCUGCGCUCGCCUGAACGCAAGGCUUCUAGACCACCUAUCAGAGACUAUGUUGAUGAGUCUGAAGAUACUGUCACUGAUGUCACCCCUCUUUCCACACCAGACAUCAGCCCCAUAUCGUCAUUUGACAUAGCAGCCACCAGUGAAGCAUUGAAAAAUAAAGUUAAGCGACAAGAGAAUGUGAGCCAGGAGAUAUUCGAACCUGAUUUUGAAAGUAAGUCAGACCCGAAGGCUUUCCAGGAUGCGAUGGACCUGAACCAACUUCUCAAAGCAUUUAUGAACCUUGAUAAGAAGGAGCAGAAGAGCCUAUCAGUGGAGCAACCAUCCAUCAGACAGAAGAACUACUCUUUCAAAAAUGAUGAAGUCAGGCAUAUAGACCGAGAAAACCAAAGGUUGCUGAAAGAGCUGUCCAGGCAAGCUUCAAAGUCUAAAAGCAAGAGUCUGACCCCCAAGAAACCAAACGGCACCCCAUCCCGCCUCUACCAUAGCGCUCUGAAUAGACAAAGGGAGCAACAACGUAUUGAAAGGGAAAAUCUGGCUUUGUUAAAGAGAUUAGAGUCAGUGAAGCCAACGGUUGGUAUGACCCGCUCUGAACAAUUCAUGGACUAUCAGCGCCAAGCAGGAUAUUUGAGCUCAGCGGCCUCCUCACCAAGGCCUGGAAAGGCCUCUAUAAGCCGGCUGGGCACCUCAUCAGCUUCAAGUGGCCUCUCAAGGGUGUCGAGUGCCAGCAGUCGAACUGGUCGCAUGGGCAGUAGUGGCGCUUUACUCCGGCCGUCUAAAUCCUGCAAUGCACGAACAGCAUGGAUGUAACGCCUCUUAGGAGCCGGUGUCCCCACAAAUUUCCAGCAUUCUUAUAAGCUCCUCUUGUAAACUGGUGUAAUUCGAAAGUAACACUGUUGUUACAAUUCAAAA